UGCUAUCAUUCGCAGAAAUUCAUAAUUAGAGAACUGAGUCAGGAGGCUAUAGGCUAAAUUAGGGGUAUAUAAAUCGAGGGGGUUUAGGAAUCGGUAAAAGGAGGAGGAUUUUUCCGGCGGAUCGAUACGGCGGCGCUGAAGAUCGUGGACUCAAAGAGUGGGGGUGUCGGGGUCGGGGAUUGGGCCAAGUUAUGCGUGCAGGAGCUUCCGCAACGCAGCAGACGCUCUCGGCGGAGGCGGCUUCGGUGCUGAAGCACUCUCUCAGCCUGGCCCGGCGGCGCGGCCACGCGCAGGUCACUCCGCUGCAUGUCGCCGCCACUUUGCUGAGCACGAGAACGAGUCUUCUCCGGCGAGCCUGUCUCAAGUCUCAGCCGCACCAGCCUUCUCACCCUCUUCAAUGCAGAGCUCUUGAGCUUUGCUUCAACGUGGCCCUCAACCGCCUCCCGGCGACUCCGGGACCUCUCCUCCACGCACAGCCGUCGCUGUCCAACGCCCUUGUCGCCGCCCUGAAGAGGGCCCAGGCCCACCAGAGGAGAGGCUGCAUCGAGCAGCAGCAGCAGCAGCAGCAGCCACUAAUCGCCAUUAAAGUAGACCUUGAUCAGCUGGUACUCUCCAUCCUGGAUGACCCCAGCGUCAGCAGGGUCAUGAGGGAGGCCGGAUUCUCCAGCACCGCCGUCAAGAACAAUCUAGAAGAUUCUACCAAUUCGGUUUCUUCUGUCUUCCAGUGCUACAAUCCCACCGGAGGCAUUUAUUCCACUCCCAAUUCUCCUCCAGGAGAACCCCAGAGGGAGGUAAUCAUAAACCCUAACAGUGUCUGGCAUUCCCACUUCCUCACGUCCUACGCUUCUGAACAAAACCCUAAUUUCCUCUUCUCCCCACCCAAAAUCAAGCCUCUAAUAACCACCACUCAAGUUUCUGAUCACCCUCUCUCUCUCAAGGAAGAUGUGAAGGUGGUUUUGGAGGUUUUCAUGAGGAAGAAGAGGAGAAACACUGUCAUAGUUGGGGACUCCUUAUCCAUGGCGGAAGGACUCGUGGCAGAAAUCAUGAGCAAAGUUGAGAGAGGAGAUGUACCUGAUGAGCUCAAAUCAGCUCACUUCAUCAAGUUCCAAUUCUCAUCAGUUCCCCUCAGGUUCAUGACCAAAGAAGAGGUGCAGAUGAACGUUGCAGACCUGAAAAGGAAGGUGGAUUCCUUUGCAGGGACUGGGCACGUGAUCAUCAUCUACACUGGUGAUUUAAAGUGGACGGUGGAUAAUGGCAAUGGCAAUGGCAAUGGCAGUGAUGGUGAUAGCAGUAUUAGGGAAGGAGGAGGGUUUUCUUCUGCUGGUAAAGAAGCCUCCACAGUUUACAGUCCAGUUGAUCAUUUAAUUGCAGAGAUGGGAAAGCUGAUUUCUUGGUACAACACUUCGAAUGCAAGGGUGUGGUUAAUGGCGACAGCAAAUUACCAUACUUACAUGAAGUGCCAGAUCAAACAGCCCCCUUUGGAUGUCCAGUGGAAUCUCCAAGCAGUGUCUGUUCCAUCUGGUGGAUUGGGGUUGAGCCUCAAUGCACCAAGUGAUCAUGAUUCGAGAAUCCAAGAUUUCGACAAAAAACCUUUCUGGGUCAAAGAUGAACAAGAACCUCUCAACUGUUGUCAAGAAUGCAGAUCUAAUUAUGAUAAAGAAGCUGGCUUCAAGUCAAUCUGGCUCAAACCCCACACCAUUGAUCCCAUUCUUGCCAAGGAUGAUUUACUUCAGUUGAGGAGAAAAUACAACAGCUUGUGCCAAAGAAUCCAUAAUUCCAAAAAUUCCAGCAAUGAAAGCUAUGGAAGCAAGAACUAUGGCUACCCUUGUUCCUAUCCCAGUAAUUGGCCUGGCAAGAACAGCACCAUCUUCCCUGAUUCUGAAACCAUUUCCUUUGCUGCUGUUCAAACUCCAAGCAGCCUGCCUAGGUUCAGACGACAGCAGUCUUGCCAUAUUGAGUUCAGUUUCAGCAAUGGAAGCUCCAAAUGUCACUCCAUGGAACCUAAUUUGGAUUCCCUAAAAAGCAUUGAUGACAAGGAAGUAAAGAUCACUCUUGCUCUUGGCAAUUCCAAGUGUGCUUAUGAUGAACUUUGUGAGAUACUCAAAGACAACAUUCCAUGGCAAUACGAGAGCAUUCCUGCAAUUGUGAGGGCAGUGACUGAUCACUCUAAAGGGAUGAUGAAUCAGGACAAGUUCAUAUUAAUUCGAGGAAGCGAUGUUGUUGGAAAACAAAGGCUAGCAAUCGGAAUUGCCAAGGCUGUGUUUGGCUCGUCGGAAUUGGUUUUUAUUAUGAACAUGAAAAGGAACAACAGCACGGUGGAUCAUAACCGCGGCGCGCUGGAAAAGGCCUUGAGAAGACAUGAAAAUCUUGUGGUUGUAAUUGAGGAUGUCGAAUGCGCUGAUCCGGAGUUUGUGAAGUUUCUUGUCGAAAGUUGCAUGAAUGGAAAAGUGGAAACUUCGCAAAGGCGCGAUCACAAGGCGAUAUUUGUACUAACAAUGAAUGCAGCAGCAGAUUCGCGGUGUAAUAAGAAAACAGAGGAUGUGGACUCUGUAAUCCAGAUGAAGAUGGUUGUGCAAGAAGAGAAGCUUGUCCUAACAAUGCCUAAUCCGGACAAUAAGCGCAAGGUCGAUUGGGGUGUCCGAAGCAGGAGCAAGAGUCCGAGGAACAAUGAAAUGGAAGAGGUGUCUUUCACAAGGCAAUCGAGCUUGAAUGAGCUAGACCUUAAUAUCAAGGCGGACGAGGAAGAACUGAUGAAGGAUGCAGGGGAGGUAGAUCAGGAGCAAAAUGCAAUGAAGCUUCUAGAAAUGAUCAAGAACAGCUUUGUCCUAACCAUGGAUUCGGAUAAGGAGGGGCGCGCAAGAGAGAUGUUUUUGUCCAAAUUCAAGGCCUCUUUUAGGGAGUUUGAGGGGAGUAGAAACUUGGGGGGUUUCGACAUUGAGGAGAUUGUGUUGGAGAAAGUUUUGCUCGGAUCGUGUUUGUAUCUCAACGACUCGUUUGAUCAAUGGCUGAAAGAAGUCUUCCAGGCGAGUUUACGGAUGGCGGAUACAGGCGAGAGGCGAGCUGUUAGAUUUAAGGUUUGUUUAGGAUCAGGACAAGGAGAGAAUCAUGAAGAUGGAUUCAUGGGAACAUGUCUUCCCAAAAGAAUCCAGCUUUGUUUGACAGGUUAAAGAAGAACUUGUAACAUAGUCCCUCUUUUUCUUGUGGCUCAUGUAAUUAGUGCAUCUGUUUCUAAAUACUAUUCUGCUUUCUUCA